UAAUAGCUGCAAAAUCGGCAGUGACCGCCAAGUGUGAAUAUAUCCUUACAAGGAAAGAACACAAAAAGAAACAGGUCUUGAGGUGCUGUGAGGCGGUGCAUACAGAAGGGCAGGAGUGCAUGAUGGUGGUUGUACUCCAUUACAGCCUGGACUGCAUCCACGGAUCAGUUCAGAAGGGUGCUGCUCACCGCCUCCAAAGCCUGUUCUCCAAUGAGGGGCGGACUACAAGUCCCAGCGCGCCCCUCCUCUCACCCACACCCAGGCAGCAGCGGCAGGAGGUUACGGAGCUCUCAGUCAGAAAAGGCAGGCGGGCGGGCUCGGCACACACACUAUCCACUCCUCACAUCUACACGGCUGAGCGUGCUGCAGCCGGGCCCCGGACAGUCCCCCCACCGGGGCCACUGGCUCCUGCAGCCCGACAUGGAGGACCCUGAGAGGGAGACGAGGUACGCGGCGCUCUUCAGCCAGCUGGACGCCAACAAGGACGGACGAGUGGACAUCAACGAGCUGAGGGAAGGGCUGGAGGCGCUGGGCAUGAGAGGCUGCCACAACGCGGAGCAGGAGAUCCUACGCGCCGGGGACACUGAUCUGGACGGGCAGCUGGAUUUUGAUGAGUUCACCAGAUACCUGGCGGAAAGAGAGAAGAGGCUCCUCAUCAUGUUCAACAGCCUGGACCGCAACAACGAUGGUCACAUUGAUGCGUCGGAGAUCCAGGAAUGUUUUCUCGGACUUGGGGUUAACAUUAACCUGACCCAGGCCCACAAGAUCCUGCAGAGCAUGGAUCGUAAUGGCACAUUAACCAUUGACUGGCUGGAAUGGAGAGAUCAUUUCCUACUGAAUCCCCUGCACAAUAUGGAGGAUGUGGUCACCUACUGGAAGCAUUCCUCUAUGCUUGACAUAGGGGAGUCCCUCGCCGUUCCAGAUGAAUUUUCCCAAAAGGAGAUCCGAACCGGCACAUGGUGGAAGCAGCUUCUAGCCGGAGGAGUGGCGGGGGCCGUGUCCAGGACAGGAACGGCCCCUCUGGACAGGCUGAAAGUACUAAUGCAGGUCCAUGGGACAAGAUCUAACGGCCUCUCGAUGCUGAAAGGUCUGAUGGGGAUGAUCGAGGAAGGAGGGAUCCGAUCGCUUUGGCGGGGGAAUGGCAUAAACGUAUUGAAGAUUGCACCGGAGUCUGCUAUCAAGUUCAUGGCAUACGAGCAGAUCAAGAAGCUUAUCCGGGGCCAGCACGAGACCUUGAGGGUGAGGGAGAGAUUCGUCGCUGGGUCCCUGGCCGGUGCCAUAGCCCAGACUCUGAUCUAUCCAAUGGAGGUCCUGAAGACGAGGCUGGCUCUCCGCCGCACCGGUCAGUACUCGGGAAUGUCGGACUGCGCUCGACAAAUCCUGCGCACAGAAGGGGUCAGAGCGUACUUCAAGGGCUACCUCCCAAACCUGCUGGGCAUUGUGCCAUAUGCAGGCAUUGACCUGGCAGUGUAUGAGACGCUGAAAAACACAUGGUUACAGAGGUACCAGACGGGCUCCAGCCCUAACCCAGGCGUCCUCGUGUUACUGGCGUGUGGCACCAUUUCUAGCACAUGCGGCCAGAUUGCCAGCUAUCCUUUAGCCUUGGUUCGGACACGCAUGCAGGCGCAAGCUUCCAUCCAGGGGUCUCCGCAGCUCUCCAUGGUGGAUCUGUUUCGUUACAUUGUGGCUCACGAAGGGGUCCUCGGCCUGUAUCGAGGGAUCGCCCCCAACUUCAUGAAGGUGAUCCCUGCGGUCAGCAUCAGCUACGUCGUCUAUGAGAAUAUGAAGCGCGUGCUGGGCGUGACCAGCCGGUGAGACCGCGGACACCAGCGAUGGAGGGACUCCGGUAUUAUCCCACCCAUAAGCUGAAAGAAAGGUUACUUCGCAUCUGGGGACCCCUUUUUUUAUAAAGGGCGUCUUUUGUAAUACUGCCACAUUUCACUCACUUCACCCUGGAUGGGGCGACUAUCACGGCCUCGCCCCGAAGACGAAGGUCAUUUUAUACUGAAUGUAUAUUUUUCACGUCAUAUUUUUCUUUUUUGAAGAAUGUACCCCGCGCCACACACUGAAUGUAAAUGACCACUCUGCCACCAGGGGGCGCUGGGUCCUAGUCUAGAGCAAUGGUUCUCAACCUGCUGGAGCUACAACCUGCAGUAAGCACGCUGGGAGUUGUAGUUUCACACCAGGUUAGAUGCCACAAGUGCUCUAGGGGGGGGGGGGGAUGGGGGGUUUUAGCCGUCCACAUUUUAGCUCCGCCUCCAACGCUAUUAAUUCUUCUUUUAAUGAAUGUUAAUGACUUUUUAUUUUUAGGCAGUCAGUGGAAGGUGAAUGUAUUUAUUGCAGCGUGUGAGAGAGAACGUGUCGUCAGGUCACCGGAGAAAGUAUUAAUUUAUUUCUACGGGUCAUAGAACAAAUCCUGUCCAGGUACCGGGGAGGCAGGGCUCCGCCCACUUCAUACCGUCACGUAGGAUACGUUAUGCGGACUGAAGACCAAUACUGUACACCUGCAGAGCCUUGCAAUCUAAAGGUGUGUGGAUGUGCCUGUCUCUCUGCAGAGCAUCGCACUGUGUUGUGUCAGGGAGGGAGGUGCACAUCAAUACAGAAUAUCUGCAGAGCAUUGCACAUCAGCCAGUAUCCAUGGGUGGAAACGGCAAUGAGUUUGGAGUCUGCAGCACAUUUCAUUGUAAUCUGUGCAUGGUGUGAGCUGUUAUUGUACAUCUGCAGACCAUUGCUCCUCAGCCCGUGUAUAUUGGGUGCAAAUAUACGAAAGUGUACCUGUACAUCCUGUAACAUGCCUGUACUGCAGCCAGUGCUUUUAUAUCUGUGGUGGCUAAUAUCUGCAGAGCAUUUCAACCUGACAUGGGGCAUCUGUGCUGUUACUGUAUGUGGAAAGUUAGCUAAGGUUUUAAAGUGAUGCUGUGUUCCUGCAGAGCAUUACAUCCUAGCUUUUAGUCACAUCUGCUGAAUAUUCACGCGACUAUGCUCUGCGGCCUGUAUAUUUUGGUUUUAAACACGUACUGUAUAUCUGCAGAGCAUUUCAUCACACCCCUGGUAUUUUUGUGUAGGUUAUUUACAUGGAAUCGUCCUGAGAAUAAUCUAUGUCUUGUACAUGGAGAGUGGCAGUCCUGCUGCUGCAGAGCAUUGUGCCACUGCUGUCUGGGUGUGCUUUUUGCACUGUUACUGUGCCUCUGCAGAGCAUUAUGCUUCACCACUGGAGGGCUGCUGCCCGCACUGUUACUGAGAUUACCCCAUUAACAGUAAGGGGUGUGUACACCCCACACUACUGCGAGUAACUUCUACACUGAAUAAAACCCAUUUCAGAUUCUUCAA